CCUCAACAGUGGGAACACUAGUCUUAUCUCUGGCAAGCGCUUGGGCGUGUGAACUUCUGGAAAAAUCAACAAAUUUCAGUAUUUCCGGUGUGAGCAAUGGCUCUUGAUCUCAUAUCCUACGCCCUGAUCGCACUAGUGGUUGUCCUGCACGUAAUAGUGCUGGGAUUUGUGCUAAAGAAACGACCAAAGAACAUUUCCGGUAAGCAUGUUGUGGUCACCGGAGGAUCCUCAGGAAUCGGCCUGUGGUCAGCAGUUCACUGCUUCAAGCGUGGUGCCCACGUCACCAUCGUGGCCAGGAACGUGAAGGUUCUCAACGAGGCGAAGAAGGAAAUUGAGAAGCACAGAAUCAACGAAUCGCAGAAGAUUCUGGUGAAAUCCCUGGAUUUGGCCACAAGCUAUGAAAUAGUGGAGAGGGGCUUCAAAGACAUCGAAGAGGAGAUGCAACUGCCCAUUUACAUGCUAGUAAAUUGCGCGGGAAUGGCAAUUUGCGGUCUGAUGGAGGAUAUCAGUGUCCAGGACGCGAAGUUUAUGAUGGAUGUCAAUUACUACGGGACAUACUAUCCAACGAGAUAUAUCCUGCCUAAGAUGAAAGCCGCUGGGGAGGGAAUCAUCGUGAUCACUUCAUCCCAGGCCGCUCUUCUUGGGAUCUACGGAUACGGACCCUAUGCAGCUACCAAAUUCGCCCUCCGCGGCUUGGCAGAAACAAUCCAAAUGGAAGCUAGUCAGGCAGGAGUUGGAGUAACUCUGGCGCUGCCCUGUGACACAGACACUCCGGGAUUCGAGCGAGAGGAGAAAACAAAGCCUGAUGUGACGAAGCUAAUCUCUUCCUCCGGAGGUCUCAUGAAACCUGCAGAUGUGGCAGAACGUCUUGUGGAAGACGCUCUUCGAGGAUCUUUCUUCUCCGUCUACGGCCUGGAGAGCUGGAUCCUCUCUAUCCUGUGUGUCGGCAUGGCGCCCUGGACGGGAUUCUACCUCAACAUGCUGCAGCUUGUUCUCAUGUCGCCCCUUCGCCUCGUCAGCUUCUUCAUCCGCAUGAACUUCAACAGCAUCAUCAAGAGCAACAGCACGAAAGUGAAAAAGGAGUGACAUUCAUAAAAUCCAAGAAUCUGUAUUUUGCCGGGUAAUAAAUUAAGGAUACACGUGCCUACUUAA